AUGCCUACUUUGCGUGAAAUGUCGGCGUCGUCGUCGGUGGGGUCUGUGCUGCAUGGUGAGCCGUUGUCGUCGAUGGAGUCUGUGCCACAUGCAGAGCCGUUGCCGUCGGUGGAGUCUGUGCUGCAUGGGGAGCCGUUGUUAUCGUCGAUGGAGUCUGAGCCACAUGCAGAGCUGUUGCCGUCGGUGGAGCCUGUGCUGCAUGGAAAGCUAUUGUCGUCGGUGGAGUCGAUGUCGUCGGUAGAGUUGUUGUCGUCGGUGGGGUCUAUGCCGCAUGUAGAGCCGUUGCCGUUGACGUUCGAUGCAUUUGCGCUUGGACGCGCGACCCGACCCAAACGUGUCAAGCCUCCUGGUGGACACAGGGUGCUUUCAAGAGCACAAGAAUCCUUGGCAGCGUUGGGUAUGAUCAUGGAGCUUGCCAAGCACGAUCUACUACUCUCGCCCAACCAACAGCAAGUCUUUGGCAGCCGUGUCCUUGAACCGCACUCGCAGCGUGUGUACAAGAAGCAUUACCGGGGGUUGUGGUACUUUUUCGGCCUUAUUGGGGAUUACACGUCCCUGCUCAUUUUGCGCCAUGACUGUCCCCAGCAUGCUCCAGCAAUGUCAGUGAAGAGCUUGUGUGCGUACUUGAAGUACAAAACAGGUGCCAUCGGGAGGAUCCUGCACUAUGACGAUGGCCUCCCAGUGUUGGACGUCGAUGGUCAGCCAGUGUUGUGCGAUGGCCAAUGGAAGGACCCCCAAAACAUGAUCCAGCUUAGCUCAGCGGUGUCUGCGGCACACAAGGCAAAAGGCAUGGGCCAAGUGCCGUACGAAGAACAAUGCGAUGCCUGUUAUCGCUUGUUCAGCGACAAGAGCCUGGUCACUGGAUGCCGACACCACGCUGGACGAGGGCGACUCUCACGCACGGGAAAUGCAAGGUUCUCUGAAGACUUCAUCAACUGCAUGACACGCAUCAGGAAGCACGACCUGUGGCUUUACACCCCGAGUCCAGAAUCAAUGUGCAACCCCUUGGAGCUGGUGAACAUCCGAAGGUACCUGCUGGCAGCCAACGAUUUGUUGGGGUGGAAGUUGUGGACCAUGAUGAUCUUCCACAUCCGGCUCUUCCUUCGUUCCGACGAAGGCGUCGACUUCAUGUGCAGUCAAUUUUUGCCCCCUCUGACGUCGGUGGACGAAUUUGGGACUGUUACGAUGCUGGCCGUUCAAAUCAGUGGCAAGACAGACAAGAAGAAAUGGAUUGUUCUCUCCCUGUAUCGCGACGACCAAUGCCCUGAGCUGUGCCCAGUGCGCGCAGUCCUGGCAUGGAUCCAUUUGUCACGACAUCCUGGAACAGGCUACCUCUUCCCUCACGACAAAGAUGCCACCAAGUGCUAUCCACCAGCAACGUUCCAAACCAAGUGCCGGAACGUCUGCACCAAGGUAACUGGACGACAAGGGCCAUUUGCCACGCAUUGGCUCCGCAAGACGGGUUGGCUCCUUGCGACAUGGGGUGGAGCCUCAGACGUUGACAUGCAGCAGGCAUCGCGGCACAAGUCGCUGGAGAUGGCCGGUCGGUACAAGCAAGACGCACAGUCCCUUCUUGAAAUUGCGAAGAAUCAACGCGACAAGAGCAUUUUGCAGUACGUCCCAAAAUGGCGAGCGGUUUUCGUAUCCAACCUGCAGGCAGCGGCGGGCGUGAAUGUGGACUCCUCAACCGAACCAAUGCCCGUGCUUGCGUGCAAGUUCAUCAAAGACAUGAUCAAUGCCGGACUACUGAACAAGGCCGACACCGAGUCCCCCAUGCAUGUCGCCAAUGCAUGCAUGAAAAACGUUCAAGGCUGGGAUUUGAAGUCUGAGAUCAACGACAUCCAACGACAGGCCCUGCAACGCCUUGCGUAA